GUAAACAAAUGAUUGAUUGCGUACGCGAAGGACGUGAUUUGCGGCUUUUCACUUUGCUUUUAGCACUGGGCAGGGACUAGAUUUCGGAAAAGAUUUUUUUUUUAGAAACUAUCAAAGUGCGUGGGUAAGAGCCUGACUGCUGCCUGCUAAAGCUGCUAACACCAUUGUUUGACGCUAUUUUUUUUGCCUUCACUGCGCCGGAUCAGGAUAUUGGCGACGGAAUUUCGCAUAAAGGACUUCGAUACAAUGGAGACCUUGGUCGAGGCUGGACAAAAUGUUUUGCUUGUAUGGAGCGGACAAAUUGAUGCCGAAGAAAUGAAACAGCUUGCAGAAAAACUUCAGCAGAAGGUUGGCUCUGCUGGAAAAGUGGCUGUUGAAAAUGCUGAGCGACUGAAGAUGGCGGGUCACGCGGCGUCCAGUUUCGACCGGGCGCUGUCGGGUGUGGUGGGCGCCCCGCCGACCCACGAGGACGCCCUCCUGGCCGAGGUGCUCGGUCUGCUGCGGCCCGGCGGCGAGCUGCUGAUGCGCGACGCGCGCGGAGAGGCGGCGGCCCGCCGGCUCACCCUGGCCGGCUACACGGGAGCGGCCGCACGCGCCGAGCUCGGCGGCUACUGCUGCGCCCGCAAACCAGACUUCGAGGUGGGCUCGUCCGCGCCGCUGAAGCUGAACCUGCCGACCUCGGCUCCGCCGGCGGCGGCCGCUGUGUGGACACUCUCCGGGCAGGACGCGCUCGACGACGACCUCGACCUGGUGGACGAGGACGAGCUUCUGGACGAGGAGGACAAGCUGAAGCCGGACCCGGCCUCGCUGCGCGUGUGCGGCACCACUGGCAAGAGGAAGGCGUGCAAGGACUGUUCGUGUGGCCUGGCCGAGGAGCUGUCGGCCGGAAAACAGCCGGUCACCAAAUCAGUCACAUCAUCCUGCGGCAGCUGUUACCUAGGUGACGCGUUCCGCUGCGCCAGCUGCCCCUACCUGGGCAUGCCAGCCUUCAAACCCGGCGAGAAGAUCCAGCUGUCCCAGCGACAGCUGAACGCAGACGCCUGAGCGACCACCGGUCGGUGUGUGCUGCUUCCCGAGUCCCGAUACCGGGGCUGGGGGUGUCAGAAGGUGUGACCGGCGGCGCCGCAGGUCAGUGGCUGCACUGGCGGCCGGGGCGCCCCCUGGUGACGCCCCUCGGGUGCCCUGGCGCCCUGGCCUUGGUGGCGCCCUCGAUGCCGUGGCGCCCUCAGUGUCGUGGGACGACCUCGGCGCCCUUGGCUCUGGCGACUCCCCGUGGUACCAUUGAUAAGGAGAUGUUGCGUCCAACAGUGGGGCUAGUUUCGGGUUGUUCUAUACGACUGGUGUGAACGGAGAUGCAGGGAGCGAGUCUGACCGCCUGGUGAGGUCAGGUCGAGGUCAGUGGGAUAGGCAGUGAGGUUGCACGAGUUCCUCCGUCAGUGGAGACGCUGUUGUGAGAGGAUAACAUCUGGUACGGACCACGAUACUUCACGGUGAUAGUGAUGAUAUUGCUCGGGGCAGUGAGUGGCACGCUUCCUUAGUCUGCCGGUGGUUAAGGUUGAUGCCGGAGAAUUAAGUGGUAUAAUUAUUCACGUUCUGUCCAAAGUACACCAAUUUGUGCGUAUUUUACUGGACAUGGUUGAUCAAUGGACGAUUGAGGAGCCACAACGCGUACGCAUUUGUAUUUGUCAUAUCCUAGAACAAUAAUAAAUAACGAAUGGCA